UCGCCAUCGUGUCGAGGGUCGUCAUMGUCGCCGCCGCCGCCGCCAGUGAAGUCGAAACCAGUGUCUCACGAGCACACAAACAACACUGGUUCGGCCGCUGCACCGCRUUCGUCUGCACGACCGUCGUGUAUUAUAAAAAUAAAAAUAAUAUCUCUUUAAAAUUAUCAACGAUUAAUAAAGUGUUUUCGAGCCUCAUCGUUCGUUGCCAGCUUGUUUUCUUGCUCUCGUCGAUAGAAAUCACAAAGUCGCAUUAUUCACAUCACGUGCKACACAAACAAUACAAUAUUUAUAAUUAUUAAUAUUUGAAUAAAACCUACCGUUGGUGUAACUUAUUCAGUGACGAAAUAUCAUCGCACUAUCUCAGGUACAACGGACAAUAUUAAAUAGUGUGUAUACCUAACGGUGAUCCGAUGAUGGUGCCCCUCGUCGUCUUGGACGUCAUGCUCUGCAGUCGCCUGCAACAGCAUCAACAGCGAUGAACACGGGUGUCCGCCGGUGUCCACCGAAUGGAUAACGUCGUCUUGAGUGCGGAUGCGGAAUUCGGUUUUAGGUACAACGAAGCGAUGAUGACUUGACGCCAGAAAACGUCUACGGAAGACGUCGAUCUGUUGCAGUCCGCACAAUUGGACCCGGCCGCCGUUCCCACAGGGGAGGAGACGGUAUGGCCGGGGGUUGAGUGGGCGUCAGUGAGGGGUUCGAUGGAUUGGUGCGCAGGUGGCGAAGAUCUGCUGGGCGACCCAACGCUGCUGGUGGCUGCGGGAAUGCUACACGGGCCGACGCAAUUCUGCACAGACACUUGCUGUACGCCCGGACUGGAGCAGCCCAACGAACAAGCAGUUCAGUUCCAGCAGCCAGCGAUCGUUACAGUAGGCAGUUCGUACAGCAAACCGUGUGGAGACAUGGCCGACGUAUUAAUGUCUCUCAAACACACCGUGCCAACUCCACAAUCCUCAGUAGACGAACAACAUCAACAGCACGACCAGGUGUAUGGACUGUCCACCAAUCACAAUGACGAUUCGCAACCGCUGGUCGAUUAUGGAGGUUCGUCGUACGGUGAUCAGACGUGCUGGACCACGCUCGGAGGUGGCCACCAGCAGCAACAGGUCCAACAACAUCAAUUCCCCAGCAUGAGUGUGAACGUCAGCAUGAACAUGACCAUGCACGGGUACGCUCCGAUACACGGGGACGCUCAGUUCGGAUGUCAACCGGUCGGUUGGACUCUGCCAGCGUCUCCGUCACCGGUGCAUCAUCAUCACCACCACCAUCACGGCCCGGUGCAUCACCAUCAAGGCCUGUUGAGUCCGCUGGUGUCCAUGGGCACCGGUGGUUACCCGUCGGCAGCCACCUAUUCGUUCACGGCCGACUUCCGGCCACAGGACCCGAUAGCGUCGCAACUACCACCGCCGCCGUUUGCGUGCAACAUACAACCGGCUGUGCCAGCGCAGACAUUGUGCUCGUCUGCGGCAAUGAUCGACGACGAUUGCAAGGACCUCAAACCUUGCGCAGAGAUCUUAAUGUCGGUGAGCGGCUGCGGWAUGGGCAGCGCCGAGUGUUCGCCAGUCGGGUCGGCGACCAUCGGCGACGACGACGGCUGCCGGCCAAACAUGUGCCGGAUAUGCGGAAAGACGUACGCCCGUCCCAGCACGCUCAAGACCCACCUGCGCACGCACUCGGGUGAAAAACCGUACCGGUGCGACGACUGCAACAAGUCGUUCAGCCAGGCGGCCAACCUGACGGCACACGUACGCACCCACUCUGGCGAAAAGCCGUUCCGGUGUCAGAUAUGCGACCGGCGGUUCUCGCAGUCGUCGUCCGUCACGACCCACAUGCGCACCCACUCGGGCGAGCGGCCGUACCGGUGCCGGCUGUGCAAGAAAGCGUUCAGCGACUCGUCCACGCUCACCAAACACCUGCGGAUACACUCGGGCGAGAAGCCGUACCAGUGCAAACUAUGCCUACUCCGGUUCUCCCAGUCUGGGAACUUGAACAGACACAUGCGCGUCCACAGCGGUAUGAACGGCGCUGACAUCUUGUUGCCUGUAUGACGGUGGCGGACAGUCAGCACCACCGCCGCCACCACCAACAACUCAACCAGCCACCUAAGUCAUCACCUCCAUCACCAUCGCUACGUCGACUGUUGUUGGUAAGGAAACCACCCCAUCCCYUCCCUCCUUCACAGAAACAAAUUAUAAAUUUGGUCGCAUGACUGCUAAAUYACCCAGCCAGCGACUUCGAACGGUACACGCAGAUCAGUACGGGCCACCGACUACUCUACAUCACACGUGUGGUCGGUUCUUCAACCCGCGUCUUUCGCCUAAGCCGACCUGCACGGACAUCCGUACGGUUUAUGUUUUCGGUAUACAUAAUAUAUUAUCAUCACGCACACGUCAUGUCAUCGUCAUCAUAAUUUACUUGCACGGAGUCAACAUUUUUAAACGCCUCUAUUUUAUGCAUCGAUAAAAUGUUUUCGGUCCGAACAACCUGUAAGUAUUUUUAUUUGAUUUUCGAUAACUUCAGUCGUACCACGACGGCGGCGAUGGGUAGAUAAACCGUACACAGUUUUCGUCCCCCUCCCUCCCACCGAGAGAUGAAACUCAAGUUAUUUGAUACWCACAAUUCGUACUCUGAUUAGUUCGGUUUAUUUUUAAGAGGUUUUUGUUUUUCUCCGAUGACCGAUGCGGUCGACACGCCCCGCGCAAUAACAGUGUCGGACAGUCUUCAAAUUUUUAUUUUUCGUAGCUUCCGUUCUUCGUAAGCGACUCCUCUUCAAAUUUAUUUUUAGCACAAUAUUAAUAUAAAUAAUAUAUAGACGACAUGAACCACUCCGCACCCACAUCGAAAACGACACGACAAUGAAGAUAGUCGUGCUUACACUUAACAGAGCAAAAUAUAUGCAUAAUAUGUAGAAAUAUAGAAUAUAUAUAUAGUGAAUGGAAACGUCUCACUUCUUAAUUUAUAGAAUUUACAUAAUAUAUAAUYUAAGCACGUCCACGACAAGCACUUGUACCAUUCCUGAUUUUGAGAAAUUAAUUUCUGGCUAUAAUCUGAACCACUUGGUCUGUUUGAUGUACCUACUUAUUUAAAUUUAUUCGAUUUUAAGUUCAGUAUAAUUUAACCGCAUAUACCCAAACACGAAAUCCAGAAUCGGAUCAAAAUGUUGAUAUCAGCCUUCUGUUAAUAUAUUUAUAUAAAUUAUUUAGUUGUGCCAAACUAAAUUAAUUGUUUAGUUAUCUGGAAUACUUACAAUAUGUUAUUUUACUAUCGAAGAUGAUACAUUAAAACUACAACAUAAUUUAUUUAAUGAGUAUAACGUAUGUUCAGCAAUCAUCCUAUGUGGAACAAUACGAAAUAAUAAAUUAUUAACGAUUUUUGAAACUGAAAUCCCACAACAAAUAAUAUUAAUCUCAAUAAACAUUUUUUUAAAUUUAAUAAUAUGUGAUAAAUUUUAAGACUUCGUAAGAUAAUUAUCACUUGAUGUUAAAAUWKUKUUUUUUUUCUUAAUAAAUAGGUACUUCAUUAUAUAAUAUAGAAUGUACAUUGUUGUUCUCAAUCCUCGUUCAUAUUUUAGUGUUUUGUUUAGAUUAGUUAAGUUUUUUUUUCGUCGUAUAUGCCUAUAUAAUA